AUGAACUUUGAUCUCUUAGUUACCAGACAGAUCGAAUAUAUGGAGUACCAUCACGAAAUAGCACCGGGAGAAUCGGAAUCUGAUGCUGAGAAGGAAAGAAGAUCUAGAAACCUGGAGAAAGCGGCUCAUUCUCAGCAGAAAGCCGAGUGGGAUGCGGAGAAAGAAGGAAUCGAUCAGAUGGCAGAUAAUUUUUCGGAUGAUAUAAGAGAACAAGCCGAUCUUGUCAAGUCUCUGAAGAAGGAAAGGGACAAAGAGAAACAGAGGAAAGAAAAUGAAUGGAACGCCCGGAAAGAAGAUCUAGAAGCCCAAGUCCGAGAAGCCCAGGUUUUUAUGGAGAAGUUCCAGAAUCUUGCUCAACAAUUUCCCAGAUGCCAAGCUCUUCCUGCUCCUUUUCUUCCAAAAUCUCGUUGUGGAAUGUCAGAUGGGCAAGAGCAGUUGAACGGAGAAUCAUCAACUUUCAGCAGAACCAAUGAGAGUGGCAGAAGAAAGUGCCCAAGAAGAGCAGAGCUUCUGGAUAAGACCGAGCCACCAGCUAGCCGACAACAGCCAAAAGUGUUUUACCGUGGAGCUCAAGGACGACACGAACGUUCAAAGAAGAGAAAGUGA